ACCAAGUCUCAAAACUCACUUCCGUCUCCCUCCCACACACAUACUUUCUCUCUCCCCUUAAAAAAAAUUUUAGCAGCAAGAAUCGGUUUAAGCCACUAAUCUAAACCGCCACCAUGUCAACAACGACUCCCCGCCGCAUAACCACCGGUUUAAUCGCCUCGGUCCAAUCGCAUUCCUCGGUUCGACCUCAAUCCAUGAUCUCCCUAAUCCGUCGAAAUCACCACAUCAAUCUUCGUCUACACUCCCCAAUUGCUACCGCCUCCAGGCGGUGGUUAAUCGAAGCGGUUUCACCGCCGGCGAUAUCAUCAUCCUCCGAUGACGGAGGAGUUCAUGAUGAUACUAAAAAGCCAGGGGUGUGCGGUUACGCGAUCACAGGUAACGAGAUCGGAGGGAGCAGCGACCACGUGGUUGACGAAGGAGAUGAGCAACAUGUUGUCAAUACGAUGGAGAUGGUGGUGUGGGCGGCGGCUACGGCGGCGUUGGGAGUUGGGAACCGUGUGAUGUACAAACUUGCGUUGGUUCCGCUCAAACACUAUCCUUUUUUCCUCGCGCAACUCUCCACCUUCGGGUAUGUAGCUGUAUAUUAUUCAAUCUUGUAUUUUCGAUAUCGUGCUGGAACUGUUACAGAUGAGAUGCUCUCGGUGCCUAAGAUGCCAUUUUUAAUUCUCGGCGUCUUGCAGGCUUUAGCUGCAGCUGCUGGGAUGGCAGCCACAGCAAAUCUUUCGGGGCCAUCUACUACAGUUUUAUCUCAGACAUUUCUUGUCUGGCAAAUCUUCUUCUCCAUUAUAUUUCUCGGGAGGAGAUAUAGUGUUAAUCAAAUACUCGGAUGUACACUUGUAGCUCUUGGUGUAGUAGUCAGUGUGGCAAGUGGAUCAGGUGCUGCUCAUUCCUUAAAGGAAGCUGGGCUAUUUUGGAUUCUUCUUAUGGUACUUUCUUUCCUUUUUCAAGGAGCAGAUACAGUUUUGAAGGAAGUCAUCUUUAUAGAUAGCCAGAAAAAAUUGAAGGGAGCUUCACUCGAUCUUUUUAUAGUAAAUUCAUAUGGUUCGGCCUUCCAAGCUAUAUGCAUAGCGUUGCUUCUUCCAUUUCUCUCAAAACUUUGGGGCAUACCGUUUAACCAACUCGGUAGCUACCUAAAAGAUGGAGCGGCAUGCUUUCUCAACAUUGGGACAAUGGCGAAAGGAUGUGACGGUGCUCCAUUGUUGCCUCUAUUGUUUAUAAUAGCAAACAUUGGAUACAACAUUGCGCUUUUAAGACUCCUCAAGAUCUCAUCGGCUGUGGUUUCAUCUCUUGCAUCAACGGUUUCAGUGCCAAUUGCAGUGUUCUUGUUCACAUUGCCAUUACCGUAUCUUGGAGUUGCAUCAUCACUUCCAAAAGGGUUCAUGGGAGGAACGAUGAUACUUGUGUUGGGGAUGCUUGUUUAUAGUUGGGCACCACAAGGACCUAACCCUUCUCAUACUGAUUCAGUCAUUCCUUCACCUCCAGGAACGUAGAGAGGGUUUAUUAUGUUCUUUUUGUUUUACAAUCUGAGAGAUUUAUGAAUAAAUCAAAUUAGAAAAAGAUAAUGUAAGAUCUGAAUAUCAUAAAAUAUUUCGAUGAUGUUAAUUGGAAAAGUUGACAUUUUUGAAAUUUG